UUGAACACAUCGGCAGUCGCAUUAUCCUCACUCGCAGGAAAAUCCAUAUUAUCUUUAACAAAGAAUUAUAAAAUAUGUGAAAAAUAAAUCAGUUGCUUAAAUCAUAUAAUUAAUAUAACAAAUUAACAUUUGUUUUCACGAAAAUAUACACAUUGAAGAAAGAAUUUUAAUUUUAAAGAAAAUUUAUUUUUAACAGACUAAAAAUGGAGGGUUUGGAUGUUUGGGGUCAAAUUGCUGUUGAGACUUCACAGAUGUACGUUUCCGAAGGUGGUGUAGUGAAAAGUAGAUUCGCAAGUACAACUAUAGAAAAAUUGCCGGAAAAGGUCAUUUUAAACAUCUUCAGUUACUUAAGUCAUCGAGAAAUUUGUAGUAUGGCACGUGUUUGUAAAAGAUGGCGUCAAAUCGCAUACGACACACGCUUGUGGAAAUAUGUAUCUUUGAGACCAGAAAUUAGCGGCCUUCAUGUUGGCUCACUGGAAAAUCUUCUGCAAUUAAUCAGCACUCGGUUUGGCUCUUCACUAAGAUAUAUUGAACUUCCAAUAGAACUUAUCACACACACCGUAUUGCACGAACUGGCCAACAAAUGUCCUAAUUUAACUCAUAUGCUGCUCGACUUUUCAACAGCUAUGCAACUACAUGACUUUUCAGAGAUGCAAGCAUUUCCGACAAAAUUAAAGUAUAUGUGUAUUUGCUUGUCUGAAGUCAUAUUUAUGGAAGGCUUUAUGAGAAAAAUAUACAAUUUUAUCAACGGUCUCGAAAUACUUCAUUUAAUAGGUACAUAUGAAAAGGUCGAAGAAGAAGAAGAAGAAAUCUACGAAGUGAUAAAUGUCCAUAAAUUAAAAUCUGCAACGCCAAAUUUAAGAGUUAUUAACCUUUACGGAAUUAAUUUUGUGGACGAUUCUCAUAUCGAUGCUUUUUCAUCAAAUUGUAUUCAACUUGAAUGUUUAGCAGUAAAUUUAUGUGCGAAGGUCACUGGAUCAACGAUGAAGACUCUUUUUCAAAGAAGUAGAAGGUUAAAGUGCCUUCUUAUGCAAGGAACUAAUCUUCGCAGUGAGCAUGUAAUUCAAGUAGAAUGGGAGAAAACAUCAAUUCAAGAACUGGACAUAACAGCCACAGAUUUAUCGACGGACUGCCUUAUCGACAUGUUAACAAGAAUACCCGGUUUGCGGUUUUUGAGCGCUGGACAACUAAAUGGGUUUAAUGACAGCGUGCUGAAGGCUUGGGCAGAAAUUGGCAAUCCGAGAAAUUUGAUAGCUCUUGACCUGGACAGUUCAGAUAAUUUGAGUGAUGAUGCGCUGCAUAAAUUCUUAUCACGACAUGGUCAUCAACUCUGGGGCAUUACCUUGUCUGGCAUGCCUCACAUAACGGAUCAACUUUGGCAGAGCAUUUUACCAAUUUUAACAAAUGCAAAAAUCGUGGUGAUGGGAACACACGAAAGGCUUGGUGUUAAUAUUCAUGUUGAUCAGCUGAUGGAUGGAAUGGCAAACAACUGUCCAAAUUUGGAAAGAUUGGAAUUACGGUGGGAUCCAGAGAAUCUCAGAUUUUCAGACAAAAGCCAAAAAGCAAUAGACAUUCUGCGUGUAAAGUGUAUAAAGUUGAGAUGUUUGGUUCUUAGUGACGGAAGGUACUAUGAGAUAGUGAAAGCAAAUUUUGAACGUGCGGACAGAUUGACAGUUGUCCGAACAACAACCUGCUGCAGGGUUUCUAAUUAUUAUUUACUUCAAGACUAUAAAGACUUAAUUUUCAACUAAUUGAAAAAUAUUUUAGGUUUAACAUUAGCAUUUUAAUUUUGAUAAAGUGAAAAAUUAAAUUGUGUUAGUAUACAGUAGAAACUAAAUGAAAACCAAGCUCAAUAAACAUUGUUUAUGUGCAUAAUAUCCACACCACAUCUACAUAUCUCCGACCAAAAUACAAAUCGUCGUCCUAUUAUAGUGAA